AUGGAAAUCAUUAAAAGUGAAAAAGGUCGAGAUCUUCUAUGCUAUAACGGAUAUUUAUAUAGAUUUGACAAAAACAGUAGUUGGCGAUGUAUCGAAUGCAAUACGAAAAAAUGUCGUGGUCGUAUUAAUUUGAAGGAUGGUCAAAUUAUUCAUGAAAGUGAAAAAGAGCACAACCAUACACCUGAUAUUGCAAAAAAUGAAGCCAGAAUUGGAAUGCAAUUUUUAAAAACAACUGCAAAACAUACUGAACUUAGUACUCAAGUAGUUUUAGGUGCAGUAUCUUUACAGGUUACUAAAGCGGUUGCUGGUCAAUUACCAGUAGUUGAUUCGAUGAAAAAAACGGUUCAACGAAUUCGCCAAAAAGAAUUAAUGGCACUAGCAAUUCCAGCUUCAUUGAAGGAGUUGAUCAUUUCACCCGAGUUUACAACAACAUUAGAUGGUAAACCAUUUUUAUUGGAUGAUAGCUACUCACAAAAUCAAGAAAUUCCACGCAUAUUAAUUUUUUCAACUACGGAAAAUCUUGAUAUGAUGGUUGAUUGUGAACAUUUGUAUAUUGACGGUACUUUUUCAUCGUCACCUAGUAUUUUCUACCAGCCAGGGCCUGAUUAA